AUGUCCUCCCUCCUGCGGCACGACCGCACCUACGCGCCCCUCAGCACCGACGACCCCUCCGCCUCCUCCUCCAGUAGAGGCACGGUGACAGUGGGCCUUCCCCCGGCUUGGGUGGAUAUUUCCGAGGAUAUAUCCGCAAACAUGCAGCGGGCAAAGACGAAAAUGGCGGAGCUGGCCAAGGCGCACGCCAAGGCCUUGAUGCCGUCCUUUGGCGAUGGCAUGGAUGACCAGCGAGCGAUCGAGGUUCUCACGCACGAGAUAACGGACCUGCUCAAGAGGUCGGAGAAAAGGCUGCAGAAGCUGGCCACGAAUGAUUCCUCGGAGGAUUCAAAAGUCCGGAAGAAUGUUCAGCGUUCCCUCGCUACAGACUUGCAUAGUCUGUCGAUCGAGUUCCGGAAAAAGCAGUCAUCUUAUUUGAAACAGCUUCGCCAGCAGAAAGAGGGGCAAGAUGGUGUUGAUUUAGAAAUGAACAUGAAUGGGUCUAAGUCCACAUUUGAACUUGAAGACGAUGAAUUUGAGGAUGUGGGCUUCACUGAGGUUCAGAUGUCAAAACUUAAGAAAAGCGAAGCAUUCACUAGAGAAAGGGAAAGAGAAAUCGAGCAGGUUGUCGAAUCAGUCAAUGAGCUUGCACAGAUCAUGAAGGAUCUUUCAGUUCUUGUGAUUGAUCAGGGAACAAUUGUUGAUCGGAUAGAUUACAAUGUACAGAAUGUUGCAGCUUCAGUUGAAGAAGGCUAUAAACAGUUACAAAAGGCUGAGAGGACGCAGAAGAAAGGGGGCAUGGUUAUGUGUGCCACUGUCCUCGUCAUUCUUAUCUUCAUCAUGAUAGUCCUCCUGAUUUUGAAGAAGAUCCUUUUCUGAUUUUGCUCUCUCUUUUACGGCUGAGGACGCUCUCCAAGUGAACGCCACUCACAUAUACUCUUAUGUGAGUGACUAUUCAGUGCCUGCGUAUUAGAAAAGGUGCUCUCAUUUGCAUCUUGCAAUAGUGAUCUCAAAAGAUGGUUCAUCUGCCCUUGUUCAUAGUGGUUGGGCCAGCAACUCUCUUCAGCCUUCCACAUUUUUUGCAGCACUGCUGAGUGUAGAGAUGUCAUAUUCAUACGGGUCCCAUUUUUUAACGAAGAGUUCUGUUGAUACAAUUCACACCGACCUGUUUGUCUUGGAGCGACCAGGUCUGGUUUUGUAUGCUCUGUAUAAAGUUGUACCAGCACCCUGUUCUUAGAAAUAUAAAAAGUAGUUUCA